AUGAUAAGAAAAUUAAAAAUCGAAAACGAAAGUCUUCAAUCUGCAUCCAAAGAUUACGCCAACCGGUUGUGUCUAAUCGAACAAAAUCUACGACAAAGCAAUAUAGAAAUCAACGGCGUUCCAGAACAUAGAACCGAAAACAUCAUCUUAGCAGUGAAUCAUCUUGCAAAGACUGUUGGCGAACCCCUAACCGAUUCAGAUAUAGUACAGGCAACCAGAGUUGCCAAGGUAAACAAGGAUAAUAACAAGCCCAGGGCUAUCGUCGUGAAGUUACGAACACCACGCGUGCGCGACAGUCUACUGGCAGCAGUCUCACGGUUCAACAAAAAACAGCCCCUAGACAAAUUAAGUUCUCAGCAUCUAGGAAUUUCGGGUGAUCGCAAGCCGGUAUACGUGUCGGAGCACUUGUGUCCAGCUAGUAAACAAUUGCACGCCGCUACUAGAAUAAUGGCUAAAGACCUCUCCUACAAAUUUGUAUGGGUGCGAAAUGGCAAGAUAUUUGUU